CUCCACCCCUACACACCUGGAUGAAGUGGUGUGUGGCUGUAAUGGCUGCAGGUGCUUUCCCGAGGUGAACCUUAGUGCACUUCGACAGCUUUUACAGAAGCGAAAGGAAAGGGUUUGCGCAUUUGCUUUGAGGUUUCUGUAACCUGCAGUGCAUGAUCAUAGGCCUUUGGCUGGAAGGAUGGCAGAUAACGUAAACACUGAAGCAGAUGGACUUAGUGACAUUUCAGCAUGUGGUGAGGACUUAUUCUCAACUGAAAUGAGAGAAAAUAACAGCACACAGAUAAAUAGUACAAAAAAGAAGAAUGGCAUUAUGAAAACUGUCAGAAAAAGCAUUCGACGAGUUGGAGAGAUAAGUCCUUUGCCCUUCAAAAACAAAGAAAGGCCAAAUACUGGAAAUGACCAUGGUACUUCCUCUGACUAUAUGGUACAAUCUCCAACUUCACCAAAAGAACAGCUUACAAAGCAGGAAUCUGUUCGAAGGAGAAUGUUUUUUGGAAGUAAGAAAGAAAAUACGCCCAAACAAGAGCAGCUAAGCAGCAAAGAGGUUUUGCUAUCAUCAGAGGAGAAAACUUCAGAGGUGACAGGAGGAACAGCAAAGGUCUGGAAGUUAUACAUUCUACCUGAGAUCCCCCCAGUACCUUUAUCAGUAAUGGAGAUUAACAAUUUCAUUAAAAAUAAUGUAUUGGAAGAGGCCUAUCUCAAUAUACUCUCCUUGCGAAAAGAGAUUCAAUGUGAGCAAGAAGCACUGGGUGAAAAAGCUUUGCCAAUGGAAAUGUUAAGUAAACAGAAAGACUUGAGUAUGCUCGACAACAACCUGCAAAAUCAACUUACUGAAAUUGUCCAGCAAUCCUCUACCCAGCCUACUUGCAGGAAAGAACUACUGGUACAGGUGGCUGGCAUCAUCCAAGAAGAGGAAAAGAGGGAAGGAGAUGUGGGGCAGACAGGGGGAUGGAGAGAUGUCUGGGGGGCUGCAGUAGAAAGUGGAGUGAAAGAGACAAUUAAGAAGAUUCACCUGGACAGCCAUGAGGAAAAUACUUCCUGGUUGGCCAUACAUUUAGGACAAGUGGGAAAAGUGAUUGUUGAGCAGUUGGUGAAAGUAAAAGCAGAGCUUACGUCCUGUUACCCGCCAAGCUUUAAUGUGUUCGAAACAUAUGUUUUGGCCUUUCAUAAGGUCAUGAGAGAACACUUGAAAGGGCUUCUGGAAAAAGUGACAGAAGUGAAGGAUUACUACGCCCUUCUGGAUUUUAUUUUGAACCGUUACCACAGUGAGAAGAUUAUGGGAAGCGAUUCUUUACAGCUGGAAUUGAAGGAGGAGCUGAAGACACUUAAACUAGAUGAUGAUUUUUUAGAUCAGAUCAAGAAUGCAUACUGCGAUCGCUUACAGGUAGAUGUGAGAUCAUCUCUGGACAACAUAAUUAAGCUGGAACAUGAUGAGAUGUGGAAAGACAAAAAUAAACCACAGAUUAAUGAGGAACUUUACCUCUCUCACAUUCACAUGGACAUCUUGAUGAAUAUUAACGGACCAAUCCAGGCAUCCAGUUUGCUUGAUGUGAAACUGGAGCACAGAGUUAUAUGCUGCUGCCUUCAAGAGCUAAAGGAAUUUCCCAAACGAUUUGAGUCAGCCUUUGUACAAUGGAACAAAACUCUUCUGGAUCCUUCCCUAUGGGCUGAAUAUCACAUUACCUACAUCAACAGCUUCAGAGAUUUGAACGAGCAAAUUGAGAACUACAGAAAGCAAUGUCCAAGUCAGGUGGAACAGCUGCGUGAGGAGAUAAAUGGACUGGUUAACAUACUGAGCCAGGCCCUUCUAGAGCAUUUCAAAACUGAUACUAAGCCUCUGCUAAAGAUGAUGAUGACAAAGAAGUGGCUGUCCUCUGAUGAAGACUUUCAACAAUUGCAUGAAAAAAUUGAAACUCUGUCCCAACAGUGCAAACACAUGAGUCCCCAACAUGUACAGGACUUCGUGAGUGAUGUGCAUUACUUUGUGGUAAGAGAGUAUAUAUCUCAGUUAAUGAAGAAUAGAUACUCAUGCACAAACAGGAAGAAUGAAGAAGCUUCUGACAAAAUAGAAGUGCAAUGGAGCGAACUCUGUGAGCUAUUUCAGGAAAUGAAUUCUGUUGAGCACUGGCUCUAUCCAGUAGGGAACCACCUGCAAAAGAUCAUUGGAGAGACAAAAAAGAGUGAAAUCAAGAAUUGCCUACAGCCAUUGGUUGAUGACUAUCCAGAUUUCAGCAAAAAACAUCUCUCAGCAGUGCUGUAUUUUCGUGGAGUAAGGCGGGGCAGACAGAGACAGAUCCUACAGAAGCUUUCUGACCUGAAGCAAAAUGUCAAUGCUGGAAGCAAGCAACAUGAGCUUUUCAGUAGGAUGGAGACAGCAGCAAGUGGAAACCUAUUCAAUGUGCAUUGCUCUUGUUUUUCUGUUUUUAACCCAGGCAACUAGGCCUUAAGAUGCUUGGUGUUGCCAGUUGAAAAAUUCUUGUUUGAGCCAUAUUUUUUAGAAGCUAAUAUAAAAGUAACAUCAGGGCUUCUGAAACCCAUGUGUAAUAUUUUUAGAAAAAACGCAUUGUGAAUAAUAAGUUUAGGAUGAUAACAAUGAAUUCUAUGCCUGGGUUCCACUCAGGGUCUAAGCUGUGACGCUACAAACACAUGGUCUGUGUGCUUUUUAACUGAUUAGGUAAUAAUGCUUAAUAACAUUAUUCAAAAAGGAACUCGACAAUAAGAUGCCUUUCUAAUUUAUUUUCCAAUCAUGAUAUAGAUCCUGUAAUGAUACAUUAUCUGCUAGAAAAGAAUAUGAUGUUGUCUUCUAUUUUUGUCUUCUUUGAAAUCCCCCAGCAAUCUCAAUAACAGAGAAUGAUAAAACAGCAAUUUCAGAUCAUUUUGGAACACAAUGUAAACACAGAAAGGAAAUGAGCAGGACUAACAGGAUGAAGUAGAAGAGAGGUCAAUUUGGACAGGACCUGGGCAUAAAAAUAAAUUGGCAGCUGCACAGACUUUACUGGCAGUACACUGUAAAACCUUGCUGUAAAUUUUAGUAAUUUACUGGCAAUUUGGGUAAAAUUUACAGAAAACAACUAUAAAACAUCCAUCCAUUAUCUGUAACCGGUUAUCCUGUGCAGGGUCGCGGGCAAGCUGGAGCCUAUCCCAGCUGACUAUGGGCGAG